CCAUCCCCUCAUUUCAUUCCGCUUUGAGCUUUUGCUUGCAGCUCCAGCACCAAGCGCAGGCCCCUCUUGCAUUGGUGGCUAUCUACGCCAUGGCCACCGUCCUGAGCUGCAGCCUCCGCGCGCCGGCCAGCUUCAUCCCCGGCCUCCGCGCCGCCCCGGCUCCCGCCGUCGUCGCCAUGCCCGCCGCCAAGCAGGUUGUUGCCCGCGGCGCCAGGCUGCGCGCGCAGGCCACCUACAACGUGAAGCUGAUCACGCCCGACGGCGAGGUGGAGCUGCAGGUGCCCGACGACGUGUACAUCCUGGACCAGGCCGAGGAGGAGGGGAUCGACCUGCCCUACUCGUGCCGCGCGGGGUCCUGCUCCUCCUGCGCCGGCAAGGUCGUCUCCGGCAGCGUCGACCAGUCCGACCAGAGCUUCCUGGAAGACGACCAGGUCGCCGGCGGCUGGGUGCUCACCUGCGCCGCGUACCCCACCUCCGACGUCGUCAUCGAGACCCACAAGGAGGAGGAGCUCACCUCCUCCUCGUAAUGCUUGCAUUAUUGCUUAUCAUCGAUCUCCGCUGAUUACAUUUAAUUUCUUGGUUACGUAAGUGUCGUGCUACUAUGCUUAAUUGGUUUGCAGUUGAGCUAUAAUGCAUGCUGUGGAAAUUUAUAUUUAUUUUGCAAUAAUAUAGCUAUUUUAUUUAUUUUUGUUGUUGAAGUAA